AUGAUGACGUGCCGUCUGCUGUGCGCCCUGUUGGUGCUUGCCCUGUGCUGCCGCCUGUGCAUCUGCGGGACAGCAAGUGGUGAGGCUCAAGUUUCAACCACCGGUCAUCCACUCCCACUACCACAGGGGCAAACUCGGGAGACCAUGUCUUCAGGUUCAAAAGCCCCUACACUCCCGAAGGCGGAUACUUCCGAUGAGGCGGAUCAGUCAGUUGCGGCCUUUAAGAAAGGAAAACCAGGUGUUUCGUCCAAUACAGAAGAUGGAGAAGGCGCGACUGAACAGACAGAGUCAGAAAGUGUUGACACUAAAUCGAGAGGUUCAACGGAGAAUUCCAGUAAGUCGGUGGUAAAAAAAACAGAGCAGAAUCCGGAAGUGUUAAGACCUAAUGAAGAGGAUAACCUCCCGACAACAACUACGACGACCACGACAACUACGUCCACCACUACGACACAGGCACCAACCACGACGACGACCACUGCGCCUGAGGCACCAAGCACUACGACCACAGAGGCGCCAACCACGACGACCACCCGCGCACCGUCACGUCUUCGUGAAAUCGACGGCAGCCUCAGCAGCUCUGCGUGGGUGUGUGCCCCGCUGCUGCUCGCCGUAUCCGCGCUGGCGUACACCACUCUGAGCUGA